AAAAGCUCCCUACCCCAAAACCGCUCCGUUCAUUUUGAAUUUGACUAGCGCGUCGUUCGGAACAGUUUAAUACGUUCAAGUCGCCUUAAUACGUUCGCUUUAAUUAUUGUGCUUUAGUGUUUCUUUUUAUUAUAAGUUAAGUGUUAAAAAUGAUUACUGGACAAUCCGUUGAAGAGCCCCAACCAAUCUCUCGUACCUACCAGUAUAGGAAGGUGAUGAAACCUAUGCUGGAACGUAAAAGGAGAGCUAGAAUCAAUAGAUGUCUUGAUGAGCUGAAGGAAUUGAUGGUGACAGCACUUCAAAGUGAAGGUGAAAAUGUUUCCAAGCUGGAAAAGGCUGAUAUUUUGGAGCUUACUGUACGUCACCUGCAUAAAUUAAAAAGACAGCAAAGGCUUAGUUAUAAUCCAGUGGUGGAUGCUGAUAGAUUCCGCGCUGGAUACACUCACUGUGCCAACGAAGUUUCUAGAUGUCUAGCAGCUACUCCUGGAGUGGAUAUCCAUUUGGGUACCAAACUCAUGACUCACUUGGGACAUAAACUCAACGAUUUGGAUAAGGUUUCGCCUUUGAUGAUCAAUGUGAGUAGCUCUUACACGCCUCCCGGCUCACCAAACCUUGAAGGCUCAGUGUCUUCGUAUACUCUACCUCUGACUCCGGCCUCCAGUACGACUUCUUCUAAUAGACAUACGCCUUCGCCAAAUCAACCAAUUGAUUGCAGUACCACCACUGGUCUUUUGAAGAUGGCCCUACACAAAGAGGAACAAGUGUGGAGACCAUGGUAGAUUGUAAAUAUAUUCAACAAAAUCUCACGACUAAUACAGUCUUUCCAAUGAUUUUAUAUAUUGACAAUAUUAUAAUGUAGUUAGUAGUGUCAUUUGCUCAACUGAUAAGAACUGAUCUCUUUUUUGAAGGGGUUAUUGAAAGCUUUAAUUUAGGUUAAUUGUAAAAAAUAUGUUUUUAUUAAUAAUUGUGAUAACAUGAUUCUUAUGUAAGCUAUUAGUGUGUACCUGUGAUCAAUUUAUAUUGGAGAAUAUAACGUAAUCAAAAAAUGUUUUCUGUAUAUUUGUUAAGUACAGAAUCAUGUAUUAUACGCUCGUCUGUGAUUGAAAAAAUGUGUAAUUUUUAAGUUUAAAAUAUUUUUUUGCAAUAAUAAAAUAUGAUUUGUUAUUGAAAAUAUA